AAACAUGGCAGAAUCCUUGCUGCAGCUUUUGUUCUCUGGUUGGGUGUUAUUAACAGUACAAGCACAUUUUCCUUCACUAAAGCCUCCGGCAUGUGACAUGGGAAGUGCAUACAAAGCUGGGAUUUGCAAGCAGGUGGAAGGUGGACAAACUAUAAUACUCUACACUGGUCUGUAUGUCAUGGCUCUUGGUGUUGGAGGCAUUAAGGGCUCUUUGCCUAUUCAUGGGGUAGAACAAUUCAAUGAGAAUGAUGGAAAAGAGAGAAAGCUAAUAUCAAAUUUCUUCAACUGGUUUUUGUACAGCAUAAGCAUUGCACUUGUAUUAGCUUUCUUUCUAUCAUAUACACUAUAUGCAAAAUUAACUCGUUGUCUCAGAUCAAAUAAUAGUUUGUUUGCAUGA